AUGGAUCAAUCAAACAGCACUGUUGAUCCUUCUGAAGAUUAUUCAUUCACCUCCACACAAGGAGCAAGUGUAAUUGAUUAUAUGUUGAUCGGUGAUUCCUGCCUUUCCAAAGUGUUGGAGUUUAAGGUUAGUGACUACGGAAUAAGUAACCACCUUCUUAUCUCCAUCAACAUUUUAAUUGAGACCACACCAGACUUGGGUCAAGCUGGAAGUACUGACGAAAGGUGGAGAAUAGAACCAGAGACGUUUCAAAGGAAUUAUACCCCAAUAGGACCCCCAAAGGUUACUCAUCUCUUGUAUGAAAUCCAUUGGGGUAGAAGCCCCAGGACCUGGAAGCAAUGGUGUACAAGCAAUGGUAACCAACAUGCUGAAAUCAAUUUUUUGGAAAAUGCCUGUGAAGUGAUAAAAAGCCGGAGAACCACGCCAUGCUCUGUCACUUGGUUUCUGUCUUGGAGCCCUUGUGGUAGAUGUAGCCACUCUAUAAUUGAGUUCUUGAAUGAACAUCCUAAUGUAACACUGAAUAUACGAGUCUCUUACCUGUUCAAUAUUGAUGACAGGCGAAACCAGAAUGGUCUCAGGGCCUUAGUUGAAAAUGGAGUCCAGAUAUCUGUCAUGCAUCUGCCUGAUUAUGGUUAUUGUUGGAGAACAUUUGUGUCACAUCAAAAAAGAAGAAUGGGGAAUGGUUAUAUUCUGUUAUGCUUGCGCUUUAGGUGGACAAUGGAACCAGAUGUCUUCAAAAGGAAUUAUACUCCAGUACAACAUCCAAAGCUAACUUAUCUCCUGUAUGAAAUACACUGGGGCAAAAGUUACAGGACCUGGAAGCACUGGUGUCGAAAUGAUGACAAUCACCAUGCUGAAAUCAACUUUUUUGAAGAUUUCUGCAAGGAGAUAGAACACCGCAGAACCCAGCCAUGCUCUGUCACUUGGUUUCUAUCGUGGAGUCCGUGUGAUGAAUGUAGCCAGUUUAUAAUUGAGUUCUUGAAGAAACACCCUAACGUAACACUGGACAUACGAGCCUCUCGGCUGUUCAAGGAUUGGGAAAAGAGGAACAAGACAGGACUCAGAGCCUUAGUUGAUCAUGGAGUCCAUAUAUCCAUCAUGCAUCCGGGUGAUUAUAGCUAUUGUUGGAGAACAUUUGUGGCUCAUCAAAGGAACGAGAACGAGAAUAAAGGCUAUAUGCAGUUCUUUCAGAAAAUAUGUGAUUGGAAUGAAGAACUUCGCUUAGUCCUUGAGUGA